AUGACCAAGGUCCGUGACAUCGGAUUCACCUGUUUGGGCACCAGCAAGGGAUCGUAUCGCUUCAACGUCAUUUUCGUGCACGGCCUACGGGGCCACCCGAAGCGAACCUGGGGAAGAGGCUCAGACGAGACGUCCCAGACUCCGACAGCGACGGCGAGCGGUUCCCGUGAUCGGUCCUUCAAGUCACUCUUCCGAAGAAGUCGACCGAGCCCCGAUACAACGCCAGAUAUCGAACUGCAGAAGCCUUUCUGGCCUGACGAAUUCCUGGCCCAGGAUUUACGCGAAGCGAGAGUGUGGACGUACGGAUACAAUGCGAAUGUGAUCGAGGGUUUGUUCCAGGCAAGCAAUCAGAACAGCGUUUCGCAACACGGGCGGGAUCUUGCAGCCCGGUUGGAGCGGGACGUUGAUAAUGAGGAUCCCAUUGUCUUUGUGGUCCACAGUCUAGGUGGAAUCGUUGUUAAAGAUGCAAUCCGCAGAUCCGAGGCCUGUCGCUCGAGAACAAAGUUCAUCAUCUUUCUUGGAACUCCCCAUCGUGGAAGCCAAUAUGCCGGAUGGGGUGUGAUUGCAUCCAAUCUCGCUAGCUGCGCAUUGCAAAACGCAAACAAGAAGGUCGUCCAAACGCUGGAAGUAAACAGCGAGGUCCUCGACAACAUCCAUGAAGAAUUCGUCAAGAUCGUGCUCGAAACCGGCCUCAAGAUCCACUCGUUCCAAGAGGGGCGAGGGCUAUCGGGUGUCAAGGGCUUUAGUGGAAAGGUUGUUGACGACUUCUCUUCCAAAUUCGACCUUCCACCCACAAUACAGACGGUUGAGAGCAUUGAUGCGGACCACAGCCGCAUGACCAAGUUUUCUGAUAAGGAUGACCCUGGUUAUUGCGCUGUUUUGGGCGUCCUCAGACAGUUUGUGCGGUCAGGCCCUGAACCGAAGACCGAGCAACAGGUGGAGGCCAGGGUUGAGGCAACGACUGUGACGCCGGCAGUUGAGGUGGACCCAAGGACAAGCGCCUCAACUUUCUUCCAUGUUCCGUUCUCCAUUAACCGCCAGUUUGUCGGACGUACAGAGGUGCUCCAAGAGCUCCAGAGCAAACUUUUUGAUGGCGACGAAUUCCAAAGAGUCGCACUCGCCGGCCUUGGAGGCAUCGGAAAGACCCAGAUUGCCAUGCAGAUUGCCUUCUGGGUCAGACAACACAAGCCCGAUUACUCUGUGUUUUGGCUGCCCGCACUGAGUAAUGCCAGCAUUGAUCAGGCGUGUGCAGAGUUCAUGGCGAGGCAUGGCAACCAACAAGGAAACUCGACCAGCCCGAGAGAAUCGUUUAGGCAGCACUUGAGCCCACCUGGUGUCGGGAAGUGGCUACUCAUUGUCGAUAAUGCCGACGAUAUGGACCUUCUGUUUCCCCCAGGAGCGGUUACCCAGCAUGUGGACAACUGGCUGCCAAGAAGCGACCAAGGGCGUAUCCUCUUCACAUCAAGAUCGUCAAAACUCGCCUUCAGAGUGAUCUCUGACCCACAGUGCGUAAUCAAGCUAUCAGAGAUGGGCUUGGGCGAAGCAAAGGAUUACUUGAGGAAAUCACUCUACCAUCAAGAUUCUCUCCAAGAUGACAAAGCCGUGGUUGAACUCCUCGACAAUCUGGAUUACCUGCCACUGGCCAUCAAGCAGGCGACAGCUUACAUGAACGAGAACGACCUGACAAUUGCAGAAUACCUCGAGGUUCUGCAAAAUACUGAAGACGACAUGGUUGAGUUGCUACGUAGCGAGUUUCGCGAUGAUACGAGGUACAUGCAGAGCGAACAGUGUCAAAACGCCGUCGCAACAACCUGGGUGAUAUCUUUUCGUCAGAUCAGAGAGGUUGACCCAUUCGCUGCCCAUCUCCUUUCAUUCAUGGCAUGCAUCGAACCAAAGGCAAUUUCCCAAUCGGUGCUGCCGCAGCGAGGGACGAAGCAACAACUGACCAGCUCAAUUGGGACUUUAUGCAGCUAUGGCUUCUUGAGCAAAUACGCUGGUGGUCAAAUGCUCGAAAUGCACCGUCUGGUACAUCUGGCAACGAGGACCUGGACCAAGAGUGAACGCAUCAUGGAGCGCACGUCACGAUUUUCUGCAGCGCAUUUUGAUCGAGUAUUCCCGAAUGGCAAUUGGGAAGACCGUGAGCUGUGGCAGCAAUAUCUGCCGCAUGCUCUGGUCAUUGUCCGAGAACUCGAGGAGGACGCACCACCAAAUUAUCCAUAUCGCUUGAUUCAUUGCGUUGCAAGAUGCCUGUGUCAUGAUGGCCGAUAUAGGGAGGCACUCGGGAUACUCAAGCGGUCAGCUACGAUAGAAGAGCAGCAAUUUCCUGACAAUUAUAUGCAUCGAUCCGAGCUCGCUGUUGCAUACAUGAAUACUUUGCAACCCCGAGAGGUAAUCAGACUUUCCGAGCCCCUUAUUCAACACCCGAUGAGAACAUUGCCAGAAAACAACUUUGAUCUACUCCAGAUGCAAUAUUCGCUGGGAUCAGCCUAUCAUAUUGUUGGGGAUCUCAAGAAGGCAGCUCAGCUGCUCGAGCAUGUGGUAAAGCUGCAAUCCGAGCUUUUGCCAGAGGAGCAUCAGGGCCGACUGCAAUCGGUAAUUGAACUAGGUUUAGUGUACCAAGGAAACGGGCGGGGAGAGGAGUCAAUCCGCCUUUUUGAGUCUGUGUUGACGGUAGCGAGAAGGUCCUUCGACGAAGACCAUCCCCUGACCCUUAGGGCACAGCACGACCUUGCUCUGACCUACCGCAACGAAGGCAGAACCCAAGAGGCACUUGAUCUGAUUAAACAUGUAGUAAGAAUACGGCAAAGGACUCUGAGCGAGCAUCAUCCUGACCGACUGGCUUCGGAGGGUGAACUUGCACGACUAUACCUAACAAGUGGGGAGAUAGACGAGGCGACACGAAUGCUUGAAACGCUGAAAGUCAGGGGAGACGCAGCACUCCCCAGCGGCCAUGUCAGUCGGCUGCUUAUAAACCAGCUUCUCGCCGAGGCCUACAUAGCCAAACGUCGGGUUCCGGAUGCUAUCCAUCUGCUUGAAGAGACCAUGUCGCUAAGUGACGAGAUAAUGGGAGCCAACAAGUCUGUGCAAAUGGACGCUGAGUGGUUGCUCGCGAAGACGUACUUCAACCGUGGUCAGCCGGGGAAGGCAGCGGAGCUCUUCCGUCACUUGAUGGAAACUUGGAAAGAAACCUACGCUUUGGGCGAUCUAAAGCUGCUUCGGUGCAAGUGGGAGCUCGCGUGGGCAUACAGAGCCAAUGGACAAACUGAUAAAGCAGUGCAGGAGCUUGAGGAGCUGGCAGAUACUGAAGAGGAGUUUCGUCCGGAAGAUACACUCAUACGGUUGCGGACAAAACGAGCCCUUGGUCAGGCGUAUCUGGACAAUGGCCAGUGGAUGGAGGCGGUUGACGUCCUGGAGAGGGUGGCGGCAACAAGUGCGAGGGUGAACGACCCGCGAUUGCGCUUGGCGGAUAUAUAUGAGGAACUUUCGAUCGCAUACGGAGCUAGUGGACGUUUGGAUGAGGCUGUCUGUGUCGAUUUGCUUGGAUAA